UGCCAGCGUACAGAGUCCAGAGCGUUCAGUCAUUCAGCGUUGAAGGAGAUGCACUGGAUGUAUUCAGUGACGGCUCACUCAUAGAGGGAUUUACUGAAGACUCAAACUGUCAAGAUGCCCUCUUGGAAGACUGUCAAACUCAUACUUUAUGAGCUUCUACAGUUCGCAUGUCUCUGUAUUCCUGUGUUUGUAGUUAUGGAGCGCUUCGCUUCGGUCAUUCGACUUGUGAAGUCUAGUGCCACUGCCUACUGGCUGGUGGUGGCGGCCUCUGUGGCCUAUAUGGCGUCUGCAACCCUGUUUGUGUGGGUUCCUUUGAAGUACUUCAUCCUCAAGACUCAACGGUUCUCAGAAGUGACUAACUGGCGACCUGUUACACUUGCCUAUGUGAUUCUCAGCACUUUACCAUGCUUUGCUAUCAUCAUAGCCAACUCAAAGGUUCAGGUUGACGCUGGCAUUAAGUUUGACCGCUUCACUGAGCUCCCUGUCUCUCUGGUCUUGUUCUCCCUCAUUUUUGUGGACAUAGUGGAGAGAAUUCGCCCUCUUCGCCUGACAGGACAGGCAAGCGCAUUAGAUCUGGAUUUUGAGAUGCCGGGUCCGGUUCUGACUCACUUGGAGCAGGUGACAUCAGUGUCCGCACAGCUGCAGGCUAACGGACGGGACGGCGACACGUCUUUUAGGUCACCAGUCAGGAAUGGGUCACUAUCAGGCCCGUCUCGCACCAGCAGCACGGCAUAUCUCUACUCCUCUCACUCUCACUCGGGUCCCUUUCGCUUUUUUUGGAUACGAGACCCUCGACAUGACCUCUUUGCGGCCACCUUCAUGUUCUGGUUUGACACCGUGGAAAUGUUGAGGAUGGCUGGGACUGAUUCGGUGUAUUACUCAGCGUGGGUGUUUCCCAUUUACAUACUGACUUUUCUGUCCAUCCUGCGCGCUGUUCUAACUCCAGACAGUCCUCUGCUGGCUUCUUCCAGUGUCCUUUCCCAAGAUUUGCCCUUCCUGGUGGUGCGCAUAUGCCUGGUGGGGGUCUUCGGUUAUGUUACCCCUGUGCUGUACAUACUAAAGAACAUUCUCGCUGCGGUAUCUUUCAUGUACUUUGUCUUUAUGACUAAACUAAAGCUGCUGAACAAAAGAAGCCUGUUCUGAGGGCAUUGUGGGGAAAAUAGAUUUACAGAUUUAUAGCCCAUGUAUUUUAACUUGUAAAUAUGAAUGAAUGUGUAUAUUUCAUGAUUUUUAUUUUACAGAUAACCAAAACUAUAGACAGACAUCUGAAUGUUUAGCCAUUCUAUUAAUAUUUAUUGAAAACUAUAUUGGUAAAUACUGUUUGUGUUAAUAUUGAGUAUAUUACAUGCUUUAAGGCUUUCUGUAUGUUUUUCUAUGCAUCACAAUACAAGCCUUUUUCUAUUAAAUGUACAUUUUAAUUCAUUA